AUCACAAGUCAAUAAUUUAAAUUUUAAAGAGCUAUUUUGGACUCAUUUCAUGCCCGUGACAAACUUCGAUGAGCUUACCUUCCUCUUCGUCGAGUGUAUACAUUUCCAAGUGCAAAAUUCCAGAACAAAGCAAGGAGAUGCCACAACUCAGUCUCAUUCUGUGACUCCAUCUACAAACACAAUUUCGAGGGAUGGAUCAAAUGGAUAUCAGUCAACACCACCAAAUCAUUUCUCUGGACGAUUUAGUGUAGAGGGACUGAAGGGAUUUGAUCAAAUGGUGCUUGAUUAUCUGCAGCAACCUUCAAACUUUUGACGGGAAAAAGGGGUACAUAGGGAUGAACUGUCCCAGAAGCUAAAACUUCCUAUGGAGAAGAUCAUUGAAUCUAUCAGAACACUUGAAGAGGAAGGGUUGAUAUACAAACAAGACAUAUCACAUCUAUAUCAAAACUUGUUCCAUUCAACAGGCAUGCAUUCGUGCUAUGCACGAAGGAGCACCUAGUUUGUUAUAAAAU